AACCUGCCCAAAGGGUGUGUUUUUAGAGCUGUUCAUAUAUUUGUUCUGCAUCACGCACUGCAGACAUGGGAAAAAGAGAUGGUGUGUGUGAAAUGAUCAGUCGUAUCGCUAAAGGACAUCGAAUAAGUUCUUUAAGGAGCGCUGAAAAGCCCGCCUGACGCUACCACGAAUACAGCAACGUCUUUCGUAGUUGAAGCGACUUUUCCUGUCGUCUGUAUCGGGACAGGACAGAUUGUGAUAUUAUCAGAAGAGCAAACGAGCAACAUGAAGAAAACGUGAUUGGUGCCUUUGGACUGUAUCGAUGAGGACUGUUUUGGAGUUGUCAUUGAGUGUCCUUUUUCCGUGCUGUGUUUCUGAGGGGCUGAUGAUGGUGAUGUUAGAGGAGGAAGAAAAUGAACAUCAGUUCUACCUUUUAGUGUAGCGCCUUGAGGGAACACAUACCCGCAUAUAUUUCCUGGUCUAUAUGCAGGUAUAUUCACACACACACACCUGUCUAUAUUUCCUGGUUUUCUCUGCCUUCACCUGGAGAGGGUGUUUAAGUGUUUUACAGAAGCCAGGAAGUAGGAAACCCAAGAGCCUUUUAGAUUUCAGUCAAUCCGAAGUCAGAAAAUGAUCCAGGAAUUAUCUAGUAGGUUAAAAAGAAACUUCAUUAUAGAGCUAGUUAAAGCAUCGACAGAGUUGGUCAGAUAAUAUCGUGUCAUUCGUGUAUCGGGAGGAGCUUGAUUCCUCUCAUCUUUUAAAACGCACAACUAUCAUGGAGCUCAAGAUGUUCAUCAUUGUCUUGGGGUUCCUGGUGGGCAGUUUGAUGCCCCUCGAAGGGGCCGCCAGCUCUCCAGCCAUGGACACCGGGGUGUCCCAGAAUAACCACGAACACAGAGACAUGGGACACAACAGCACUCAUUCCAAGAAGCCCUUCCCGGUUCUGUCAUUUGAUUAUGACACUGUUCGGCUGCCCUUUGAGAUUUCAUUAUGGGUUCUGCUGGCUUCCUUGAUGAAAUUGGGGUUCCACCUGAUCCCUCGUGUGUCCUCUAUCGUACCGGAGAGCUGUCUGCUAAUCGUGGUGGGCCUGCUGGUCGGUGGUCUUAUGAAGCUGGUAGGCGAGUCUCCUCCGGCGCUGGAAUCCAAGAUAUUCUUCCUCUACCUGCUGCCUCCCAUCAUCCUCGAUGCCGGCUAUUUCCUGCCCAUACGACCCUUCACUGAGAACCUGGGCACCAUUCUCAUGUUUGCGGUGGUGGGGACCCUUUGGAAUGCCUUCUUCGUUGGUGGUCUACUGUACGGGGUGUGCCAGCUGGAGGGCCUUCAACACUUGCAUGUGGACCUCCUGUCGUGCCUGCUGUUUGGGUCCAUCAUCUCAGCCGUAGACCCUGUGGCCGUGCUGGCUGUGUUUGAGGAGAUCCACAUUAAUGAGCUGCUCCACAUCCUGGUGUUUGGAGAGUCUUUACUCAAUGAUGCCGUCACUGUGGUGCUCUAUCAUCUGUUUGAGGAGUACUCCAGUGUGGGUACGAUCACUGUCACAGAUGUGUUUCUGGGUAUCGUGUGUUUCCUGGUGGUGUCGUUGGGUGGUAUCGUGGUGGGCGCCAUCUACGGCAUCCUGGCGGCCUUCACUUCACGGUUCACCUCACACACUCGUGUCAUCGAGCCUCUGUUUGUCUUCCUCUACAGCUACAUGGCUUAUCUGUCCGCGGAGGUGUUCCAUCUGUCCGGCAUCAUGGCGCUAAUAGCGUGUGGUGCCGUCACGCGUCCCUACGUGGAGGCCAACAUAUCCCAUAAAUCCCACACCACCAUCAAGUACUUCUUGAAGAUGUGGAGCAGCGUGAGCGACACGCUCAUCUUUAUCUUCUUGGGAGUGUCGACAGUGGCCGGGCCGCACCGCUGGAACUGGACCUUCGUCAUCAUGACCGUUAUUCUCUCUCUGGUGGCUCGUGUUCUUGGUGUUGUCGGCUUGACCUUCAUCAUCAACAAGUUCCGUAUCGUGAAACUCACCACUAAGGACCAGUUUAUUAUAGCUUACGGUGGACUGAGAGGAGCGAUCGCCUUCUCCCUGGUCUACCUGCUCAAACCUGAGCACUUCCCCAUGAGAAACAUGUUCCUCACUGCCAUCAUCACUGUCAUCUUCUUCACUGUAUUUGUGCAGGGUAUGACCAUUCGACCUCUGGUGGACCUCCUGGCAGUGAAGAAGAAACAGGAAACAAAGCGAUCCAUUAAUGAGGAGAUUCACACACAGUUUUUGGACCAUCUGCUAACUGGCAUUGAGGAUAUCUGCGGACAUUAUGGACAUCAUCACUGGAAGGACAAACUGAACCGGUUCAAUAAGAAGUACGUGAAGAAGUGCCUGAUAGCGGGUGAGCGCUCCAGAGAACCUCAGCUGAUCGCCUUCUACCACAAGAUGGAGAUGAAGCAGGCCAUCGAGCUGGUGGAGAGUGGCGGCGGAUCCAAGCUGCCUUCUGCCAUGCCGUCCACCGUCUCCAUGCAGAACAUCCAUCCCAAGAAGCUUCCUCAGGACCGAGCUCUGCCGCAGCUCUCCAAGGCCCGUGAGGAAGAGAUCAGGAAGAUUCUGCGCACAAACCUGCAGAAGACCCGCCAGAGACUGCGCUCGUACAACAGACACACACUGGUGGCGGAUCCGUAUGAGGACGGCUGGAACGACAUCCUCAUCAAACGGAAGAAAAUGAUAGAGCUGGAAAAGAAGAUAUCACAGAUGAACAAUUACCUGACUGUUCCAGCUCCGCCUCCCGAUUCACCGACCAUUGCUCGAGCUCGACUGUCUUCGGACCCUCAAGCAUGGGGCAUCAAGGCCGUCACAGAAAGCAUCCCCAUAAUUAAAGUGGACCUCGCCUCACCCCAGAGUCCAGAGUCUGUCAACAUGGUGGACGAGUUCAGCAAAAAAGGAAGCCAGCCGAAAGAGAGGGAGGAGGAGGUCGGCCUGGUGAUGAAAGUACCCUCUCCUGCGAAGGAGAGAAAGGACAAAAAGGCCGACGAGGAUGACGACAAGGAGCCGCAGCAACGGCUCAUGCGCUGUCUCAGCGAUCCGGGCCCCGCCGCCGAAGAGGAAGACGAGGAUGAACCCUUCCUCCCCUGAGAGAGCAGACGAGGAUGAACGAGCCUCAGCCGUCUCCUCUCAGACAGUAUCUGCAGUCCUUAACUGCUGUAACAUGGAGGACAGAUUUAUAUUCUAUAGGAAGCCAAAACGAGAACGUCAGAAAAACCAAACUGUUGAUGAACUAAAUUAAAGAAAAUGAAAGGGAGCGAUCAAAAAAAAAAAAAGCCAUUUAUUAUUUUUUUUUUGCUUGUCAUUUGUUCUUUUCAUUUUAAGCCUAAAGGCUUGUUCACACCAAGCACAAUAUUUAUAAUAGUAAUAAAACGUUAAAGAAAAAUCAUUCUAAAUAUAAAAGAAUAGCUGAGUCCACAACAACUGUGACAAUAACGGCAUCGUUACAAUCAGUUUCAGAAUGAGUUUGAUGAAUGAUAAAAAAUAUUGAGCAAAUCAGGAUCCACCCAAUUUUAAAGUGUUCGAGCAUUUAUUAUUAUUAAAAAUAUAUAUUUUAUUGAAUUAUAACAUACUAUUAAUACAUACUGUAAAAUUUAAAGAGUAUUUCAUAAUUAUAAUAUAUUGCAUCAUAAUACAAUAUAUGUUAUAAUAAAUGUAUUAAUAGAAUUGUUAUUAUCGUUGUUGUUGUUAAUUACUUUUGCUUUCAAACACUAAACCAAUUGAGCUUUUAUUUUGGCGGAAAGGUCGCAGGGAGACUUUAACGCUUCUCUCUGUUGACAACAGAUUUAUAAACGAUUCUCAUUAUGAACCUGAGAAGAUGGCUGGCGCACGUUACGUUCCCAAAUGCAAAUUAUAAGCGACUCAAACACACACACACAGCACUUGCAGAGUAACAUUUACUGUGAAUCAAAAAUGAACACAGUGCUGUGCUUUACUCUGAAACAUGCAGCGCGUCAGACUAUAUAUUUAUAUAAUUACAUCUGAACUGUUGCGACUUUAAGCCAUAUCACAUUCUUCCAACUAUGUAUUGUCAAAAUUCAUAAAGUUUCUGGGCAACUAGGAAGUAAUAUCACUUCGACAACGAUUUUUACUCUCAUUAGGUGCUUUGAUCCCUGGCUAACAUGCUAAUAGUGUCCCGCAGAUGGCGCUGUGAGCUCUAAAAUAAAAUAAAUGUAUUACAAAAUGUAUCAUUUUGCAGUUUAUUUAGUCUGUUUUAGGCCAUUUUGCAAUUUCAGUCAUCACACAGUAACCCCGCCCCCAACCCAAACCUUUUUUCUCCAAUGUCGGAAAAUAAGGAAAUGUGGAAAAACACAUUUCAGUAUAGUUAUCGUAUUAGAUAUUGUUCUUGGUGUGAAUAGGCUUUAACACCGUGUCCUUACCAGGCAUGACGCGAUUCAAAGGUUUUAAUCUCAACUAGCGAUGAGUGGAAGAACAUUUUGUCAUUGAGCCCUAGUGAAAUCUCAUUGGUCCUUGAACACAUGAUGCCUGGUUUGAACUCAUGUCAGUCGGCAAGUAAAUGUUGCCGCUCCAGCAUUUACUGUGGAAUAAUAAUAUUCCGCACGAGGGAACAGAUCUAUGCAUUACCAAACGCUCGCACUGUUCAGUCUCAUUCUAUAUUCAGGUGAAACGCUUCUGUUGUUGUUUUCAAAGCAUUGAUGCGUUCUUGUUCGUUCACAUAAGUUGGCUUUUGUUUUUGUGACGCGGGUAUCAUUAGUUAUGUUUUACCUCUAGGGGAUUUAGACUCGUUUAUCAGGAGCAAUAUGAAACCGGUCACAUUAUGGCCUUUCUUAUAUUUAUCAGCCAGAUGGUGCAUAUUUACUCUGGCUAAUUAUUUCGUCGACACGCUAACCACACGUGGAGGACCAUUCAGGUCACGCUCUGUUCGCAGUGCACAUAACAAACCUGAGAAUGAAGUAGAGACUCGUGGAGAUUGCACAAAGAGAUUUACAUAUGUAAAGACUUUAUUUUACACCAAAAAGUUGCAUGACCAACUUGAUUGGUUGUGAUCAUGUUUCCUGUUUUGUUUUCUUUGCGUAUACUUUAUAUAAUAUCAAAGAACAUUUUCAUCUAGUAAUCUUUUAUUCCCUUUAAAUGCACUCAAUCGCUUUGGUGACUGGUGAAAAAGAUCUGGACCAUCUUAUCAACAAGCCUCGAUGUAAAGAAAGAGUUCAUGCAAACGUGAUUGUCAUUAUUUACUCACCCUCAUUUCAUAACACAAACCCAUAUGCAGAUUUUUCUCCCCCCCCAUGGAUACAUUAUGUUUUUAUUUUGAUUCUUCAUGCAACUUUUUUCCAUAAAAGUUCUUAGUGACCUCAUCUGUCGAUCUCUGAAAAAGUACAAAAGUAUCAUAACAGUCAUUCGUAUGACUUUCUUCUGAAGUCAUCAGAAGCCCAUUUUGAAAUUGAGAAUGCAAGUCAUAAUUAUGAGAUAAAAAGUAGAAAUUAUGACAUACUAAGUCAUAAGUAUGAGAUAAAAAGUGGACAAAAUUCGGAAAAAGUCAUAAUGACAAAUAAAAAUUGACAAAAAAGUCAAAACUGACACAUAAUUCAUAAUUAUGAGAUAACAAGGCUAAAUUACGACACUAAGCCAGAAUUAUGGUAUAAAAAGUGGGAAAUUCACAAAGUCAAAGUUAUGAUUGUGGUAUAAAAAGCCAAAUAUAUGAGAUAAAAAGUCAUAAUUGUGGUAUAAAAAGCCAAAAAUAUGAGAUAAAAAGUCAUAAUUAGAUAAAAAGACGAAAUUACAACACUCUAAGCCACAAUUAUGAUAUAAAAAUAUAAAUUCUGAGAUAAAAAAAAGUCAUGAUAAAAAGUAGAAAUUGACAGAACGUGAAAUUAUGAGAUAAAAAAGGCAAAAUUACGACACUCUAGCCACAAUUAUGAUAUAAAAAGAGAAAAUUGACAAGACAAUUGUGAGAAGUCAAAAUUAUGAUUUGGAAAGUAUGACAAAAAUUUGAAAUUGAGAUACAAAAAGUCAUAAUUGUGAAAAUUGUCAAAAUUGACACAUAACUCAUAAUUAUGAGAUAAGGCAAAAUUAUGAUACUAAGCCAGAAUUAUGAUAUAAAAAGUGGAAAGUGACAAAGGUCAAAGUUAUUAUGUACAAAGUCGUAAUUGUGGUAUAAAAAGUCAAAAUUAUGUGAUAAGAGGAAAAAUUAUGAGAUAAAAAGUCAUAAUUGGAUAAAAGGCUAAAUUGACACUCUAAGCCACAAUUAUGAGAUAGUCAUAUAAUAAAAAGUGAAAAUUGACAAAAAAAUUUAAAGUAUGAGAUAAAAAGUCAUAAUUAGAUUAUAAAAAGGCAAAAUUACGACACUCUAAGCCACAAUUAUGAUAUAAAAAGUGGAAAUUGACAGUAAGUCAAAUUUAUGAUGUACCAAGUCAGUUGUGAGAAGUCAAAAUUAGAAGUGGAAAUUAUGACAAAAAAUUUAUGACAAAGUCAGCUGACAAGUCAUAAUUGUGAGAUACAAAAUCAAAAUUGAGAUAAAAAGAUAGUUGACAAAAAGUAGAUUGUAUGUCAUAAAUGUCUUUUAUAUUGUAAUUUUGACUAUGACUAUGAAUGUUACAUUUUCAUUACAUUAUUCAUAUUUUCGACUUAUGUCUGUCAUAAUUAUGAUUUACCAAAUCAUGAUUUUUUUUUUUUCAUGACCUUCCAUACUAAGCUGCCUAAAUGGAAACCGAUUUCUAAUGUUUGCGUGAAUUAGUUUGACACUUUCCCGAAUCUCUUCACCCUGUAGCUCUGCCUUCGCACACAUAUAUUACUGCCAGUGUAGUGGAAAGACGGGAUGGGAAAUGUUGAUUCAUGAAGUGUUGCGUGAUGACCCUCAAGCAGUGUGAUUGUAUCCUGAAAGAUCUAUGCAGAGUGUGAAGUUCAAGCAGAGCUCUUGCUCUUCUAAAAGCUGUACGUUGAAUUAUUCCCUUUAAAACCUUUGCACCACGAGUAUCAAAACACUGUCCUUUGAUUCUUUUUUACAACCCCAGCAGAUCCUGCUCUGUAGGUGCAUUGCAUAUUAAAAAGAAUCAAUUAUAUAUGAAAUUCAGAAACUCUUUUGCAUGCACAGAGAGUAGAUUAGUCUUAUUUUAAUCUAAGAUGUGGUAAAAUCAUAUCUAUAUAUUUUAUGUGAACUCUAAAGGUCCAUAUAUAUAUAUGUCUAUAUUCUGCUAUUACAAUGCUAACUGACCAAUUAUUUUCUGAGCUUCUUUUGCCUUUGAAAAGAGAGGAUGUCCUCUCUUCUGACCUUCUUGCUUUGGGUGUUUAGUCAGACAUGCUGCUCACGGGAUUGUGCUUCACCUGAUUGUGCUUGUUCACGUCUCACCUGCGCUGUUGUGCUUGACGAAUGUUUCACAGCCGUCAUUAUUCGAUGCAAAUCACCUUGAUGUACAACAUGGACUGCAGUAUUCACAUGAAUGACCAUCUCUAAUAAAGAGGAGAGGUGAAAACAUUUAAAGGAAUAUUACAGCCACAAAUGAAAAUUCUGUCAUUUACUCAACAUUAUUUUGUAUAAACCUGCAUGCUGUUAUUUUCCAGAGUUUUGAAAAAAUACGAGAAUAUGGGUGAUGUUAGAUUAAAAAAAGACGUUGUUUGGAAUUAAAUACUUAAGAGUCUAUGACUGGAUCUUUAUUACAGUGAUUAUUAUGUUUCUAGCAUGUUAUAUGUUUGGGAACAGUUCUUCUAAACCUAAUUGAUGGAGUGUGUAGCUUUUCAUUUCUUAAACAACCAUCAUGGCCAUAUUCCAGGAUGACAAAGCCAAGAUUCAUCAGGCUCAAAUUGUGAAAGAAUGGUUGGGAGGAGCAUGAAGAAUCAUUUUCACACAUGAAUUGGUUACUUAAAUUCAUUGAAAGUCUGUUAUUUCCAUCAAGAGGUGCAUCUAUUUUUAAAAAAUGAAAAGCUACACACUCCAUCUAUUAGGCUUAAAAGAACUGUGGCUAAACAGAAGUUUUACUGUCAAUUUAGGUGUCCCUUCAUCCUCGGUGGCUCACGUCACCUGUGGUGUACCCCAGGGAUCGAUUUUAGUACCAUUAUUAUUUUCGUUUUUAUAUAUAUAUAUAUAUAUAGAUGUAUAUAUAUAUGUAUAUAUAUAUGUGUGUAUAUAUAUAUAUAUAUAUAUGUGUAUAUAUAUAUAUAUAUGUAUAUAUAUAUAUAUAUGUAUAUAUGUAUAUAUAUAUGUAUAUAUGUAUGCACCUUCUGGGAUUAAUUAUUAGUAAAUUUGUGGACGACACAACUUUAUAUACCUAUAAAAUAUCAAAUUUUGGCUCACAAAUAACUUUUUGCUACUUAAUGACGAUAAAACCCAAAUCAUUCCGUUUGAGGCACCCUUACUCCAUAUCUUACUUCUGAUGUUAAAGAUGAAGGAUUUCAGCUAGAUAAUAGUCUUAAAAUAGACAAAUCAAACUAAUUUUUUGGGCCUGGAAUUGUAGUUGUAUUAUUAAUUGAAAUUUUAUUAUAGUUAAUAUUUUUAAUGAGUGUUUAUUUUUAUAUUUUCCAUUUUCAAGUUUUAGUAAUUUUAUUGUUUUUGUCAUUUUUAGUAGGUUUUUUUGUCUCUAUAUAUUUUUUAUUAAUUUCUAUUUUAAUGUUAUUUUAAUACAUCAAGUUUAACUAAAUUGAAAUGAGAAAUGUUUCAAAUAACUUAUUUUAUGUUUUUAGUUUGAACGACAUGAGGGUGAUUAAAUGAUAGAAUUUACAUUUUUGAGUGAAAUAUUCCUGUAAACUUUAUUUUUCUUUGUUAUGAAGCUGAAUGCCAAUGAUGAGUUUGUUUUAAUGGUAUUCUGUGUAUUUAAUAAUUGUGCUAGCUUGCAUAUAUUUUCUACAUUUUGUUUAUGCUUGAGUUUUAUUUUUUAUUGCUUGGCACUGAUUAUUUUGGCUAGCCAGCUGAUUGAAUAUUAAGUCUUUUGUUGUGUAAUUUUCUACUCAUAUUCACCAUAAAGCCUUUUGAUACAAACAUCAAGUGUUUGAUGUUCGGUUCACGAUGGUUUACUUUUGCUUUGCAUAAUUUUGCCUUCUGUUGUCAGAGUUUAUUACGGUUUUAUCAUGAAGCAUAUGGACGAUUCUGUGAGUUUACAUUAUUUUGUCUUUUGUUUUUUGUGCAUGCUGUAACUUUAAACUGCUGUUCAUGUGUGUAUGAUCAUGCAGAUUCAGACAGGAUCUACGCCUCAUGCUGUUUGUAAUCAUAAAAGCUUAUUUACGGUUUCAGGCAGUUUGUUAUUAUUCAUGGCCAGUGAUGCUUAUCGUUUCGCUCCAGACACUUUAAUGGCCUGCGUUCAUUUUUAUGUUAUUUGUGACGCCGGGAAGCGACUCGAAUGCAGACUAACGUACAAGACUGAUCAAACCGGUUGUUCUCUGAAAUGAGUGUGUGAUCAUGUUAAUAUGUCUGUACACAUGAAGCCUUUCACAUGAUUUUAAAUGUCUUAUCUCAUUUUUUCAGUCUUGUUUGGUGCCGUUGAAAUUACUGUAAUCUUCAACUUUUGCUUUAAUUUCAGGGUUUAUUCUGGAGAGAUGUUGUUGUUGUUGUUGUUUAUGGAUAAUCCUGAUGAAUAUAUGACUGAACUGUAACUGCACUCAAACAUGCUUACUGUUCUUAAACUCUAAAUGAAAUUACAUUUACUGAAAUGUG